CACCACCACCUCCACGAUCCCGUCCAAUCCAUCCCAACCCUCCCAUCCUUUUCCUGGCCCGUUACCAUUUGACUUCUAUAAGGUAAAAUUCCUAAACCUUUCCCGGCCAGAAGCAUAGCGGCCAUCCUAUGAAGAAGCAGGAGAAGUCGGGCUCUAGUUGCUCCUUCUUUGUCUUCAUCUAGGUCGCGGGUGUGAUGUGACGCAGCGAAUGCACGUUUUAGCACAUGCACUCUCCGUCCAGACUAAAUCCCUUCUUGUGUUGAUCCCCUGUCGCUCUUAUUCUUCUUCUUUCUCUUUCAUGGCUUAAGCAGGCAGCUCUGCAACUCUACUAUCAACGACUUUUCUCCAACUUCCAUUCACAACUGUUUGCUUCCAGCGACAAAACUCGACUAUCAGCAUAUUUCCUUGUCUUCUAUUUAAGAAGCACAUGCAACAGCAACGUACAUGCCACACAUACAAUCGCAGAGUCCAUAAUACAUUCACGAACUAUUCACCAGCAUAGUCGUAUCGAUCUGUUCCUCCUCGUGCUCUCGCGACCCAGCGACUACCUCCUAAACUCCAGCCAGAUACAACAGUCACUUCUUUGCGCUUCGUGUGGAGCGAAUCGAUAUUUGUCCAGGCAUAUACUCAUUUGCCAUCGACUUGGCGGGUUUGAACUGUCAUGUGCUAGACAGACAGAACAUAGCUCGAUAUUGUCCUGGUCUAUGUACGCUUAAUGCCGAACGAAAAGGCACACCGUUCUGGAAACAUUACCAUUUACACCAUCGAGUCGAGAUACACCCGUCAAAUACUUUCAAUCCUUCAAAUCACAAAAAGUUAUACAUCUACUGUGGCUCAUUUGUAGCACAGUGCGCUUGCUCUACAGAAAACCCAUAUUACAAAAGACGCAUCCAUGCUCGCCGUACAGCACGCUCCGAGGAUGGGUUCGUCGCAGCCGCCCUCAGACCCUUUUAUGCCUUUUGGCUAUUCAUUCGACCCUAAUCAAGAUCCUCCGAUCAACGAUCCGCCAGAGCCUGCACCUGGAGCUCCUCUCUUGACAGAUACCGACAACAGGCUUCUAACAUCCUUCUUCGAUGAUAUCAAUGCCGACCAUUACAAUAUGCCCUCCUUCGGUGAAGGGCUCAAUUUCAGCGAUACUUGGCUUGAUCUUCCUCCGCAAUUCAUGGGAUCCAGUACUUCAUUUGGUCAGCAGCCAGGAUCAUCACUUGGCGAGCCACCGGCUCAAGGACUCUCCCAUAGUCUUAACGAGUUCCAUGGCAUGGCAUCAAUGGGAUCCCAUAUGAUGCCCCCGCCACCACCUCCUCCUUCCCAUUUACAACAUCAAACUGAGCAUCGACACACUCCCGACGAUGUGCUGAACGCGGCGGCUACUCUGCUUCAAAACGGCCCAAACCAGCGUCAGAACUCCAACGGAAUUGAUACUUCGGUACAGAGGCACCCAAUAGGACCUCCAGUAGGUCACCUACGACAUCAACCUAUAGAAGAAUUCCGGGAAGACCAUCGACGCAGCGUUGCAGCAAGCGAGCAAGAGCAUUACCCGGACUGGAUGAUGGGACCCCAUGACAAGCGCCAGCAUCGAGCACCGCCUGCCGAAUAUCAGUGGGGUUCUGAUGCCAACUUCAACCGCAUUCAAGGCUAUACUCCCAACUCGGAGAAAGAAACCGCCGAGUCCUUGACGAAAGAACAACUCAAAGUUCUGGAAUGUUUUGAGCCCAGUAAAAGCGCCGAUAACACGCGACCCAGCAGCCCACUUCAUGCCAAGGGACCGCUCCCACAUAGCAGAUUGACUGAGCUCACGAAAGUGCAAGAAGCUGAUACGCCCCCGCGUAAAAGGCGGAAGAGCAGAAAUAAUAAGGAUACUCCAGAUGAAGAGGCGCAGGAAGAGACAAUCACGCCUAAGCCUGUGCGGAGGCGGAAACCUAAAGCGGAACGUGCUGGUUCCAUCACUUCGGCUGUUGCAGAUGACGUUGCUGGGGGAAAACGUCGCAAGUCGGCAGCAAACAAUAGCAAAGUGUCGAGAGAGAACCUUUCAGAAGAACAGAAGCGCGAGAACCACAUAAAGAGUGAGCAAAAACGGCGCACUCUGAUUAAAGAAGGCUUUGACGACUUGUGUGAUCUUGUUCCUGGCCUUCGUGGAGGCGGUUUCAGUAAAAGUACUAUGCUUGCGAUGGCAGCGGAAUGGCUGGAGGAUCUACUGAAAGGGAAUGAGGCACUGGCCGCCCAACUUGCUGCUUUAGAAGGGCGCACCUGAGCCCCCUUUCUCAAUCGAGUACGAUACGUGCCAUGUAUCGGUGUAUAGACGUGCGAUUUGGUCGGUGUUUGUUUUUCUAUUAGGGCAAAAGGGAUUGGAUGACCAUCCCCCGGUGCGUAUAGGAGUUCAUGGGAGGAAAAUACACACUCUCUACGGACAGAGAGAUGGUUUCAAGGAGCUGGAUGUCACAGCUUACUGGCGUGGUCGAAUACCCAAUAGGAGUAGCAAGAGGUGGUAAUAACGAUGUACGAACGAGGAUGUAGAGAAACUGGCCCCUACGUCAUGAGCCGAUGAGACGAUGCGGCUGGAGAAGGUAGAUUACACGAGAAACACGAGAAUGAAAUAAGGAAAUCACAUCAGUCUAGUGAGAUAAGGUAAUCGCUUGUUGAGUGACAUUGCCCAACAUGAUGACCUAGGCCUACCCCGUGUCGUACCAGGGAAUUGGUGAUUAUGGAAACAAGGGGUUCAAGGAUUAAGCGGAUAGAGUAUUGAAUAGGGUUGAAGACCUGAAGCGAGUCAAGGCGGCCUUAUUAUUGGCAAGCAGAAACUUCGCAGUAUUCCAUCACUCUUAUUCAACCUCUUACUGCAGGCUGUUAAUGUCGUCUAAGCUCUGCGAGGAAGGCGGUGGCCUCGAUAUUGGUUCACAAGUUGAGGAGGGAUUGUUUGAUCUCUGGAGAAUUAUGAAAGAUUUCAAUCAGAUGAAACCCUGAGAAUGAUUGGCUGUAAUUGGUAGCUGGGGAGUUGCAUACGGCUGCAGGAAGCUGAGCGCAAUUUUGAGAAGGUUUUUGUAGAACGGGGGGAUUAAGGAUUUGUCGCGG